GAUCUACCAAGCACAUUUCACAAACUUCUUCAUGUGCAUUUCAACUUUGUUUUCCUCCUGAUCUCGAGAUAUUUAGAGGAAGGCAGAAAAAUCCUCACACUUUAGAAUAAGACGUUGCCCUGGCGACAGCUCAUCCUUAUCACGACUCUCACAAAUAUGCACCUCUGUGAUUCAGUGGGAGGUUGAUGAUCUCCAAGGAUAUUGUUCUGAAGAUCUGUGCUUCUUGUGACUCUUUCAGAUGCCCUGAGGAACCUACCAGUAUUUGACACUCUGAUCUGAGAGGGUUGAGGAAAUGGGGAUUUUACAUUUUCUGGUGUUUGUGCUGCUCGGAGACAGAUUGGGUCCUACACGUUCAGACAUUUUAGCGAAGGCCCAGGCCAGCGAGCGACGUGUCUUGGCACACAUACCCGGUGACAUCAUCAUCGGGGCUCUUUUCUCCGUCCAUCAUCAGCCACCGGCCGAUAAGGUUCACGAGCGCAAAUGCGGCGCUGUACGCGAGCAGUAUGGCAUCCAGCGGGUGGAGGCCAUGAUGCACACCCUGGACCGCAUCAACGCGGACCCACACAUCCUACCCAACAUCACACUGGGCUGCGAGAUCAGAGACUCCUGCUGGCAUUCGGCUGUGGCUCUGGAGCAGAGCAUCGAGUUCAUUCGUGACACUCUAGUCUCAGCCGAGGAGGAAGAAGGCAUGUCUAAGUGUUCAACUGAAGGUGGAGGGACUCCCAUGAAAGGGAAGAAGCCCAUUGUGGGGCUGAUCGGGCCCGGAUCCAGUUCUGUGGCCAUCCAGGUUCAGAAUCUCCUUCAGCUCUUCAACAUUCCCCAGAUUGCAUAUUCGGCAACCAGUAUGGAUCUCAGCGAUAAGUCUUUGUACAAGUACUUUAUGAGGGUGGUGCCCUCCGAUGCCCAGCAGGCCAGAGCGAUGGUGGACAUCGUCAAAAAAUACAACUGGACCUAUGUAUCUGCCAUUCACACUGAAGGGAACUACGGUGAGAGCGGAAUGGAGGCCUUCAAAGACAUGGCAGCAAAGGAGGGCAUCUGUAUCGCCCACUCUGACAAGAUCUACAGCAAUGCUGGAGAACAGAGUUUUGACCGUCUUCUCGAUAAGCUCAGGAUCCACCUGCCCAAAGCUCGAGUGGUGGCGUGCUUCUGCGAGGGCAUGACCGUACGUGGCAUCCUCAUGGCCAUGAGACGCCGCCGCCUAGUUGGAGAGUUUCUGUUGGUUGGCAGCGAUGGUUGGGCAGACCGCUAUGAUGUCACUGACGGCUUCCAGAGGGAGGCAGCGGGGGGAAUUACUAUCAAACUGCAGUCUGCUUAUGUCACGUGGUUUGAUGAUUACUACCUGAACCUGAAGCCGGAUACGAACCUCCGGAACCCCUGGUUUCCUGAGUUCUGGCAGCACCGCUUCCAGUGCCGUCUGAAGGGACAUCCUCAAGAGAGCAACAAAUACAACAAGACCUGCACCAAGAAAGAGUCGCUCCGACACCAGUACGCUCAGGAUACGAAGAUGGGCUUUGUGAUCAAUGCCAUCUACUCAAUGGCUUACGGACUGCACGCCAUGCAGAAGUCUCUGUGUCCCGGCUAUGCCGGUCUGUGUGAAGCCAUGCGGCCGAUUGAUGGAGGUAAACUCUUAGAAUUCCUCAUGAGGACAAACUUCUCUGGUGUCUCGGGAGAACUGGUGCUGUUUGAUGAGAAUGGAGACUCCCCGGGGAGGUAUGAAAUCAUGAACUUUAAACAGAUGAGUGAGGAGGACUAUAGCUACAUCUACGUGGGCAGCUGGGACAACAGUGGGCUGAAGAUGGAUGACGAGGAGAUUUGGGCAAACAGCAGUGCCAUCAUCAGAUCAGUAUGCAGUGAUCCUUGUGAAAAAGCUCAGAUAAAGGUUAUCCGUAAGGGUGAGGUGAGCUGCUGCUGGACCUGCACUCCAUGUAAAGAAAACGAGUUUGUGUUUGAUGAAUACACCUGUCGUAUGUGCGAGCUUGGAUCCUGGCCUACAGAUGACCUCACAGGCUGUGAGCCAAUCCCGGUGCAGUACCUUCUGUGGGGAGAUCCUGAGCCGAUCGCAGCUGUGGUCUUCGCCUGCCUCGGCCUGCUCGCUACCAUCUUCGUCACAUUAGUCUUCAUCAGGUUCCACGAUACGCCGGUGGUGAAGUCCUCCAGCAGAGAGCUGUGCUUCAUCAUCCUGGCUGGCAUCUGUUUGGGGUACCUGUGUACGUUCUGCCUCAUCGCCAAACCACACGUGGCCUACUGUUACUUGCAGAGGUUGGGAAUAGGGCUCUCGCCCGCCAUGAGCUACUCAGCUCUGGUCACCAAAACCAAUCGCAUUGCUCGCAUCCUUGCGGGCAGCAAGAAGAAGAUCUGCACCAAGAAGCCUCGUUUCAUGAGUGCCUGCGCCCAGCUGGUCAUCGCCUUCAUCCUGAUCUUGAUUCAGCUGGGCAUCAUCGUGGCGCUCUUCAUCAUGGAACCUCCGCAAGUGAUCUACGACUAUCCGUCCAUACGCGAGGUGCACCUCAUCUGCAACACUACCACGCUCGGCGUGGUGGCACCGUUGGGCUACAACGGGCUGCUCAUCCUCAGCUGCACAUUCUACGCCUUUAAGACCCGCAACGUCCCCGCCAAUUUCAACGAGGCCAAAUACAUCGCGUUCACCAUGUACACCACCUGUAUUAUCGUCAGACGACGAUGCUCUGGCACAGACACAGUCAGUUCCAACGGCAAAACGGUAACCUGGGCACAGAAUGAGAGAAGUUACAGGCCAAACCUGUGGAAGCGGAUCUCAAUCCACAUUAAGAAAAAGGAAGAGGCCAACCAGACGGCCAUUAUUAAGCCCUUCUCAAAGGGCUGUGAUCGUCCGCCAGACACAGGGGUGAAGCUGGCAUAUGAUGGGUCUCAGAAAAACCAGCGCUACCCUGUAACCUACUGCCCCCGGACCCCUUCGCCGCUGCCAACCGUGUGCCAGCGGCCUUCGAUGCAGAGGCGCGAAAUGGAAGAGCGUGAUGGUGAGCGUACGUCAGUAGUGACUAUACCCUCAUACCUGACAGAGCGCUUGCAGCACGGCAACCCACCCCAGACCUGCAUCAUGGAUCAGAUCAGCUGUGUGGUUAGUCGAUUCACGGCCAACAUCAGUGAGCUCAACAGUAUGAUGCUGCCUGGUUCACCGCCGGGAACAGGCGUAAACGCCGCCGCCCCGGUCCCCAGACCCUGCUCCCCUACUUUCCAUCUCCACCCGCAAGAAAGGCUGCAUCCAACCACUGUCACCACCUACGCUGACGUGGUGGCCACAGUGAACACCAACCCUCGCUCUGCGGUCGGUAUCGCCGGGGGCAUCAUCACCGGUGGGAGUAGCAGGGCUUCACCCGCCAGUCUUUUUGACAGCACCUACGACUCUUCGUGUGCGGUCAGGACCACUGAUUUUGAGGACCUGGGCGCCUUGACACCACCUUCGCCGUUUAGAGACUCCUCCGUGGACUCGAUCAGCGAAUCUCCCACAUCGCCAGCCUCAGAGCUGCCAUUGUGUGAGCCCUGCUCUCCAAUAUACGACCAGCUGGUGCUUCGGCACUACAGCCAAAGCUCCUCUUCGCUCUGAGAGAUUAUUCAGAGCGCAGGAAGGAGACUGAGAGGCAGCUACUGAGAUCAUGCAUCUGCUUAGAUUGCAAAACCCAGCUGUAAAUGUCAAGGAGUGUAAACUCUUAAUAUAGAAGCACUCGCUGAAGACAUUUUAUGGAGCUUGGAAUCCAGCCCGUCCUCAAAAUCCUAAUCUGUGUAGGGGAAGGCACUUCACCAAACUGCUUUUCAGAUAAUUAAGGAUGUACUUGAUAUGCUCUUGUGCACUAGGGUGCUCUGACAAGUUUAUGGUCCUUCUUGGCAAGAAGUUACUGAUGUUGGUCAGUUUGUGUUCUGCAAGUUUUCCUGGAUUUAAAACCACUAAUAACAUUCCAACGACGUCAAUCUACACAGGUGUGAAAAAUUACCAAACUAACGCUCCAGGGUGUCAUUUUUAUCUCUCUUGUUGUCUGUCAGCAAGAUUAACUUCUUGCACGGUUCUUCACAACGGAAGUGCAAACGGUUGAAUGUAGGACCAAAUUAAGCCUUUGAGUGCAAAGUAGUUUGUUUAAAUAUUGGUCAUUUUUGUUAUUUUCGUAGAUUAGAGGUUGCAUGUUCUGCCACUUCAUAUAACUUCAAAUAAAAUAAUAUUUAUUGUUAUAUUUUUCAUAAUAAAUCAAAUAGAAGGGAUGUGAGGGCAGGUUUAUUUAGGUAUUGACCAAAUCUAACACUUUAAUAUAGACAAUAUGUCUUUCAGAUGACUGGAUAUAUUAAUUUAUUUGAACAUGUCCCAGUAUUACUUAAAAUUUUAAUAAUUAAUCACUUUAAUUUGAAAGAUGGAAUUUGAGAAAAUUAUACAAACUAAUAGGAGAUAAAAGAAAACAACUAUUUACACUACCACUUAAAGGUUUGGGUUCAGUGAGAUUUUUUGAAAGAAAUUAAUACUUUUAU